GCCCCGCCCGCGCUCAGCGGCCCGCGCCGCUUCCGCCUGCCCCGGGCACCGGCCGCAGGUUAUCGGCUGGAAAGGGUUUCCUCUACACCUGUUUUACUCCUCAACUGCCAUCACAAGGAGCCUGUGAGAACCCUGGAACCAGCUGCCUGGAGGAGACACUUGGAUUUACCUAAAUAUAGCAUUAUUUCAUCAAUUAUCUUAAACCAGUUGUAAUUAAUGUGAAAUGAACGCGAAUAAUGUGCUCUUUGCUUAAUCACAGAGUUGGAAUAAUGCACAGAGCACUGGCACAGCUGCAAGCACGGAACAGCUGCAAAAAUAAUUUGGGAGGUGUGAGAGCCAGCCUGUGAGCUCCAGGAGCAUCCCCCGUGGCCGCAGCAGCCCUGUGACCGCUGUGCUCUGUUCUCCUGCAGACUCCCAGCACUGAGAGGCCCCAGCUCCGAGCAGAGCCGGGCAGCGCAGGCCUGGUGGAGCGAGGAGUGCGAGCGGGGCACCCCCAGCCCCACAGGCACACAGCCCUUGGCCGUAAGAUGCUUUUCCCAUCCCUGCUCCAGUCCGUGGUCGGGGCCAGCAGCUGCUGAGAUGGCACAGAGCGCUGAGCUGCAGCCCAGCUUCGAGGCCGUGUUCAACAUUCUGUCCCAGGCCCCGCCCGAGAAACUGCUGAGCCUCAAACUCAGACUGAAGCACCUGAUACCUGGGCCCUGCAGCAAGUUACUGCAAGCUAUGGUCCUGCUCACUCUGGGGCAAGAAACGGAGGCGAGAAUUUGUCUGGAUGCCUUGAGGGAUAACCAGGCAGCCCAGUACGUCCACCAGAUCAAACUGGGUGCUGCAGGAGUGCGGGAAGAUGGGGAGGAGCUGCAGCCUCCCCAGCUGGAUGCAGGAGCCGUGGCACUGCUGGCACAGGUGUACACUGUGCUGGCACAGGAACAGCUCUGCAGUCCUCAGGCCAGGGACAAAGCCUGCCACGCCAGCAAGGACACUCAGCAGGGGACACUCAACAACAUCCCACGCAAGGAACAGGAGCAGGGCUCUGCAGCCAGCGGGGGCUCAGGGGACAGGUUUGGGACGCUGAGAUCCCACGAGGAUGCAGGAUUUCCUCACACCAGGGUGAGGAGCUCACCAGUGGAGAUCAGGGGCAGCUCAGACCUUUCAGGCCCACGGACCCUGUGCUCUGUGGGGAGCUCCUCCCUGUCCAGCUGUUUGGAGAUCAGUGCAUCACCAACAGUUGCUUUUCACACCCAGCCCUCUGUCCCCGAGCGUGUCCCCUGGCCCAGCCGUGCUGGGGACACACAGAGCCACGGCCCCCAGGAAUGCAGCUGGGCCAGCACACCCAGCGCUCCCCCUGGGCAGGACACAGCUGCCCAAGGGCCCCAGGCAGAGGAGGUUCUGCAGGUCAGUCCCUGCCAGCCCAGCCCUCUCCCCAUUCCAACACCGCUGCCCUCGGAGCCUGCCCAAAGCAGUGACGUGUCCAGCACAGUGACAGAGCCUCACAUGCCAAGAGAAAAGCAGGAUGAAAGGCAGGAUAAAAAGCAGGAUGAAAAGCAAUUAUCUGCUGAUGUCCCUGACUCAAGGGCUGCAGUGGAUACUGCUCCUGCCCUCGUGUCCAUACAGGACUCCCACAUUCCAGCAGGCAUUCCCAGCAACUCUGCACCUGCUUCUACUUCAACCUGUUCCCUUCCUCCUCCUACUUAUUCCUUCUCCUCAACUCUUCCUCCUCUCCAGGAAUCCCCCCCCAAACCAUCAUAUCCCUCUCCCUUGCACUCAUCCCCCUCUCCAGCCAGGCCUCCUGCUCCCCCAGCCAUGGAUCCAUCAGAGCCAGAUGGUGCCAAGUUCUUCACGUUUGUUGUCCUGCACGCCAGUGAAGAUGAGAUUGUGGCCCACCAGGUCAAGAACCUGCUGGAGAGCAUGGGGGUGUCCAACGGUGCCACCCUCAGUGAGGAUUUCUUCAUUGCUGGGCGCAGCCACAUGAUUUGCUUCCAGGAGGCCAUGGAAAACUCUGCCUUCAUGAUCCUGCUGCUGACCAAGAACUUUCCCUGCAACCUGUGCCUGUACCAGACAGACACUGCUCUGAUGCAGUCCAUCCUGGACCCCUCCAAGCAAGACUCAGUCAUCCCAUUUCUACCCAAGGCAAACGCCCUGGAGAGCAGCCAGAUCCCCAGGAUGCUCAGUGUGCUCGUCACCCUGAAUGAGAGCUCUCCUCUCUUCCCCAGGAAAGUGCACAAGACUUUUAACCCCGAGAAGAUCAGGGAGAAGAAAGCCAUGUGGGACCAGCUGCAGAGAAGGAAGCUCCAGGCACGCUGGGAACAGCAGCAAGCCCAGCAGAAGCUGGCUGCCCUGAGCCUGGGCUCCCCUCCCUGGGGGCCACCAGCAGCGCCAUGGCCAGGGCCACCAGGGCCACCAGCCCAGCCCUGGUGUCCCCCUGCCCCGAUGGACCCCCCCCCUGCUCAGAGGGGUCCUCCCCCUUGCCACGCACAGCUGCCCCCAGGCCACUACAGCCUGACAGCAGGCCAGGCAGGGAUGGCACCCCUGAUCAUCCAGCACGCCCGCAUGGUUCAGAUCGGGAACCACAACGUGAUGCAGGUGGAAACUGCCCCAGCUGGGCCAGGGCACAGCCAGGAGCAAUCCAGGCACAGCCUCUGACUGGGGCAGCCAAAGACAAAAUUCAUUUCAAAUCCUGGAUUAGAGUGAUUCUGCUGGGACUGGGACUAUUAUUCUAUACAUCAUGAGUGCCAUUUUCCUGAAGCACAAAAGAAAAUUCUUCAUUUUUUGUUGGAAAAAUGAUGUUGUGAUUUCUUGAAACUGUUUUUCCUUGUGCUUAUUUUCAAGUAACUGAGAAAAUUAUUUUCCUGAUUGUCUGGAACUAC